AUGACAUUGACUGAAAGCAAACAUCGAGUACAACGCCGUCAGUUGAGCAUCCAAGAGCAGGACCAUUUAAACAGCAACGACAACAGCAAUUUUGAUACUACUGCUAAUGAGAAUACAACUACAGGCACUAAUACCGAAGAAGCAGCAGUAUCACGAUCUUCGCCAGCAUCAACAUUGAAAUCAUCAUUGGCACCAGUGCCCACAACAACACUUGGCACAACAACAGCAGAAGAAGAAGAAGAACAGCAAGCAUUGUCACCGCCACCUUUGCUCAAACGACGCAAUGCGGACGAGAAUGAUGAAAACGAUGAAUUAGCAGCACGCGCUGGGAGAGUUGAGAAGAGGAGGAAACGCACACCGUCACCGCUGCCAUCAUCAUCGAAAGCGUCUUCGAAUGCCUUUUCGCGUCCGCGUUGUUCAUACUGA